AUGGCCCCAACAAAAACAUUAGCCUCAUUGGCCAGCUUGGUCAUCCGCCAGGACCAGCCCACCGUCACCGUAGUACAACCAGUCGACAACGACGACGGCAACAACAACGGUGGUGGAAAUGACAAUCUCAGCACCGGUGCCAUCGUCGGUAUCGUGAUCGGAGUCAUCGUCGGUCUCCUCCUGCUCUGGUGGAUCUUCAAGUCCCUGUCUCGCGACAAGAACUCAAGGAUGGCUCCCGCUCCGGACCGCCAAGCCUACGACCCCGACAUGCCACCCGCUGCCAUGUACCGGUCCCGAUCUUCCAGGUCCCGCUCGGCGCACCGCUCGCGCUCGCGCGGCCACCAUCACCACCACCACAGACACUCAUCGAGGUCUAGGUCGAGACCGGUGAUUUAUGAUGAUAAGAUGUACGUGGCCACGCCUGUACAGCCGGCAGCUGUGUACACGAGCCGGUCGAGGUCGAGGUCGAGAUACUAG